AUGCAUAAGGCGCAGAGUAUCAGCGUGGACCGGGCGGUCCUUAAUAUUUCUGAGAAGCCCCACUCUCCGGGGCUUUAUUACGUGGCCGUGUCUCGUGUACCGACCCUAGACGGUAUCCUCUUCGAGGAGACUUUCGGUUUUAACAGGAUCCAACCCGAGAGGCCUACGCCCGCCAACAAUGCUCCUACGUCUCACAGACCGUAA